AUGGCGGACACUUCUUUCAUCCCACCACCCCCUCCUCCUCUCAUGUCCCCAACUUGCCCUAGACCUUCCCUAGGUCGACAGUCAAGUUGGCACAGAACCUCCACCAUCCAAGGAUCUGUACCUCCCCCGCCGCCUCCUCCCCCGCCCACGGAGAGCUGGGCCCCCGAUGAGGAGGAAUACAUCGAGGCGGAUGAGCUCCGCGGCAACGAGCCCGAGUUCGUGUUAGACAGGGGUAUCCCCUCCAGCUAUACUCCUCUUCCGCCGGACAUGGUCGAUGAAUUUCGGAAAUUUCGACAAUUCCUCGACGCUGGCGGCGUGGAAGGCCUCAAGAACCAGAUUGUGGAAGAAGGCAAGCGUUUCUCAUUCUCGUCCCUUCCCAUCUUCACGUUCUCCUCUCCCACUUCUGGCUUCCAACUAACACGACAAAGCCAAAUCCCGCGGGAAUCAUUCUUCCCCAAGGCUCCCAACUUUACGGCAGCUCCGCCGACCGGCCCUACCUUCCCGCAAACACCGCCGGCUUCUCCUCUUCAGAAACCCCAAAGCGACGUCGGCCUGAGCAUCGUCGACAAGCGCUGGGGUCAGCUGUUCGAUGAGAACGGCAAGGCCACCAGGAGACUUGGUCAGGUUCUGAGAGGAAUCGCCAACUAUCUUAUCUCGCAGGUAGAGCCUCUCGGCCUCGUCAUCCCCCCCAAGAAGUUGUCGGUCUUUUACCGACAGUAUGCUGUCGAAAACGAACCGCAUUCCUUUGCUGACGUUUUCAAGUGUCGUGAGGAUGACGAAAAGGACUGGCUUGAUAUCGAAUACCUCUUCGAGGAUCUAGAAUGCAACUACCACCUCAUCAAACACUCCCCAAAGUCUCCCAACAUCGUUCCAGCCCUCACCCCGGACGGCUUCGUCAAGUGGACCAUAAUGGCCAUCUACGCCAACCCAGACGUCGAAGCCAAACGCCUGGACAGGAUCAUGUCGAAACUGCCCAUCGACUCAGACGGGCCCCUCGUGGAUGGAAAGCCCGAGAGGCUCCCGAAGCAGCUAUCGAGACACCUCCUCCCCAAGAAAGCCGACAAGACUGCGCAGGAGAAUUUGGACCUUUCCAUCAGGGACGUCUUUUCUCGGCGAAAAUCCCGCGAUCGAAAGAGGGCUGAAAAGGCACGGAAGAGCUCUCCGGACGGCGGCUUCGGCUCGAGCACAUCAUCACCAUCUAAGAACCGGGACAGGGACACAUCCUACAAUGACGGCAGCCCUGACUCCAGUUCCAGGAGAAAGGAGGAGAAGAAGGCGCCAGCCAAGUCCGUCAGGUUUACAAACAAGGACCGGGAUAAUGACGGCACUCAAUCUACUCGACCGUCGAAAGAAGGAGCCGGCCGACCCUACAAUUUGAGCAACAUUACACUGCCCCCAACGGCCCGGGGCCAGGAACGCAGUCCAUCAACGAAAUCACCCCGGCAUGGCUCCACUGACUCUAGUAGUCCUGCCGAGCCAUAUGCAACGUCGUCGCCUCCCCCGCCUUCGGUAUCUCUGCUAGAUCUCCACAGCGGACGAGACCGGUCGGAAAAGGACGACAAAUACUACAGAUAUUCGUCCAAGGCCGAAGACGUCACCCCGCGCCGCAUGCCGAACGGGAGUGGAGACGACGCUCCCAGGUCCAGGCGAAGGAGGAGCGUUGUGCUCACACAGGACAAGCCGCCCAGUCGACAUCACAGCCGGCGAGAGUCGGCUGCAGACUACGCCGGACACCAGUACAAAUGA